CUCUGUUGCCCAGGCUGGAGUGCUAUGGCGCGAUCUCGGCUCACUGCAACCUCCCCGCCUCCUAGGUUCAAGUGAUUCUCCUGCCUCAGCCUCCUGAGUAGUUGGGACUACAGGCGCCCACUACCGUGCCUGGCUAAUUUUUGUAUGUUUAGUAGAGACGGGAUUUCACCAAGUUGGUCAGGCUGGUCUUGACCUCCUGACCUCAGGUGACCCACCCGCCUCGGUGUCCCAAAGUGCUGAGAUUACAGGCGUGAGCCACCGUGCCCGGCCUUGUAUCCACAUACAUUUAGAAGAGAGCUGUUUGUGGAUGAAUGGAAUAGUAAGCCAUCAGCCUAGGCCUGCAUAGGGGUAGUUUGAACUGUGCUCCUGCUAAAAACACACGGCCACCCCCACCCAGGGCUCCAGACCAGAGUGGACCUUCUGUCUGUCUGUCUGUCUGUCUGCUGCCCACAUUGUAAUAGCUCAGUGGGUUCAUUUUGCCCUCUGCCCAGAUAGAGUUGAUUUAUCAAGACAGGGGAAUUGCAAUAGAGAGUUUAAUUCACGCAGAGCCAGAUGAAUGGGAGACUGGAGUUUUAUUAUUACUCAAGUCGGUUUCUCCAAAAAUUCGAGGACUGGGUUUUUUGUUUUGCUUUUUUGUUUUUUUUUUUUUAAUGAACUCUUGCUCUGUCACCCAGGCCGGAGUGCAGUGGCGCGAUUUCGGCUCACUGCAACCUCCACUUCCCUGGUUCAAGCGACUCUCCUGCCUCAGCUUCCUGAGUAGCUUGGACUACACCACACCCGGCUAACUUUUGUAUUUUUAGUAGAGAUGGGGUUUCACCAUAUUGGCCAGGCUGGUUUUGAACUCCUGACCCUGUGAUCCGCUCGCCUGGGCCUCCCAAAAUGCUGGGAUUACAGGCUUGAGCCACCGCGCCUGGCCAGGACUGGUUUUUUUUUUAAAGGAUAAUUUGGCAGGUAAGGGUCCAGGGAGUGAGGAGUACUGAUCGCUGGGGUUGAAGCUGAAAUCAUAGGAUGUCGAAGUCGCCCUCUUGCGCUGAGCGGGUUCCUGGGUAGAGGCCACAAGACCAGAUGAGCCAGUUAAUUAGUCUGGGUGGCGACAGCUGAGCCAUUGAGUGCAGGGUCUGAAAAAUAUCUCGAGCACUCAUGUUAGGUUUUACAAUAGUGAUGUUAUCUCGAGGAGCAAUUGGGGAGGUUUAGAAUCUUGUGGCCUCUGGCUGAAUAACACCUAAACUAUAAUUUCUAAUCUUGUGGCCAGUUUUUUAGUCCUAUAAAGGCAGUCUGGUCCCUAGGCAAGAAGGGGGUUUGUUUCUGGGAAAGGGCUGUUAUCAUCUUUGUUUCAAAGUUAAACUAUAAACUAAGUUCUUCCCAAAGUUAGUUCAGCUUAUGCCCAGAAGAAUGAACAAGAACAGCUUGGAGGUUAGAAGCAAGAUGAAGCCGGUUAGGUCAGACCCCUUUCACUGCUGUAAUUUCCCCACUGUUAGAAUUUUUGCAAAGGUGGUUUCGACAUUGUACCUCGAUUCUCAGGGCUCUGCCUCCUGCACACAUUUUAGUGCUCAGAUUACCUAGAUGUCUUUAGCCUCACUCGUGAACCUGUGCCAGAGUUGGAAAAUUAACAAUUUGAUGUCAACUGUCCACAGUGAUGAGGCUGGUAUGCUGUCCUACGUUCUGUUUGAAGAGCUGAUGCGAUGUGACAAAGAUUCCAUGAAAGAUGGAAAUCUGUCAGAGGAGGAAAAAUUGUUUCUCUCAUAUUUUCCUUUGCACAACUUUGAGCUAGAACAGAACAUCAAAGAACUUAACACCCUUGUGGACCAAGUUGACACCACUCACAAGUUGCUCACCAAGACCAGCCUGGUGGCCAGCUCUUCCGGGGCUGUUUCUGGGGUCAUGAACAUCCUGGGUUUGGCCCUAGCACCUGUGACAGCAGGAGGCAGUCUCAUGCUCUCAGCAGCUGGGACAGGGUUGGGGGCAGCAGCUGCCAUCACCAACAUAGUAACAAAUGUCUUAGAAAAUAGAAGCAAUUCAGCAGCAAGAGACAAAGCCAGCCGACUGGGGCCUCUGACAACAUCACAUGAGGCUUUUGGAGGAAUAAAUUGGUCUGAAAUCGAGGCUGCUGGCUUUUGUGUUAAUAAGUGUGUAAAAGCUAUCAAGGGCAUCAAGGAUCUUCAUGCCUACCAGAUGGCCAAAUCCAACUCUGGCUUCAUGGCUAUGGUCAAGAAUUUUGUGGCCAAGAGACACAUCCCUUUCUGGAGGGCUAGAGGGGUGCAGAGAGCCUUUGAGGGCACAACUCUGGCCAUGACCAAUGGUGCCCGGGUGAUGGGUGCUGCUGGGGCUGGCUUCUUACUUAUGAAAGACAUGAGCAGCUUCCUGCAGAGCUGGAAGCACCUGGAGGAUGGGGCAAGGACGGAGACAGCAGAGGAACUGAGGACACUUGCUAAGAAGCUGGAGCAGGAGCUGGAUUGGCUCACCCAGCACCACCGGCACCUGCUGCAGAAGGCGAGCCAGACCUGUUCCAGCUCCCGGGGCAGGGCUGUUCGAGGAUCCCGUGUGGUUAAACCAGAAGUAGGAAGGCAGCGAAUAACACAGACGUGGUCUUGCUCUUCUAAAAGCUUACCAUGGGGGUGGGGGGGCGACGAAUGCUAAACGGACACAUCAGUGCAUAACUACAGCUGUCCCUUCUGCAAAGAGAGGACUUGCCGCACACCCCUGACAUUAACUAGGCGCCCUCUGUUCUUCCCAGAAUUGCGUUCUGUUCUCUCAAAGCCCUGACCAUAA